AUGGAGGCCUUCCAUCGGAACAACUCAGCCGGACCGUCUGACUGUUCCACGGUUGUCGAUCCGCCCGGUGUAGCGCGAGUCGCCUCUUACUUCGGCACUAUCGGCGAUAAUGAAGACCCGCCGGAUGAUUCUGGCCGGUCCCACGACGACUCUCACUACGAUCGACAGGAGGACGUGGACAUCUUUUCCGACCUUGGAAACUUCAUGCCGGGCAACCUGUCAGGACGCGCCUCCAAUCUGUGGAACUACGUCGCACGACGGUCCUCCGUUGCGAUUGACAGCUUUCUCCAACAGCACCGGCUUCAGCAGCCAUUUGCGGGGCAGACUGCGACGUGCCAGGAGGAACUCCUUUCCGACAGAACACACUCGUUGGCUGCGGCUGAAAUAAAAAAUUUGAGUUGUCCCAAAUACGUGUUGCUGCUUUUCAUAAGCUUCUUCUCCACUGAUGUCGUGAAGCAGAAGCUGUCCCGGCUCACGCUGAUCGAAGCGCUCGAACACUUCGAUAUGGUCAACGAUUUCUUCUUCCUUGUUCGCGUCGCCUGGGCCAUCCAUCGAGGCUUUCACUGGCGGGAAAACAAGAGCGCCAAAUUUGUCAUGGCGUGGCUCGUCACGACCUACGUAAUCUCCUGCUGCGCCUACGCUCUCCGCCGUUUUCUCAUCUACAACCGCAUUUCUCAGAAAUCCUCCGCUCUCUUCUUCCCACUUCUUGUCUUCAAGGAGAUUCGGCGGGCCGGAGAAGAGUCUCCCGAGGUCUUGUUCAUGUUCGAGAGACUGUGCUGGACGUACCAGCUGCUGAUGCGAGUUAUCGAGGAUCUUCCACAAGUCCUCCUUUCCAUUCUCUUCCUCAUCAACCAAGGCCGAGAUACUUACGCCAUGGUAAUGAUAUCGUACAGCAGUACAAUGUUUUUCAUCACGACGAUCCGAAUGGGCCUUCGGUACCCCUUCAAAGGCACACUGUACCUCUUGCUAUCUUCGGAGCCCCCCGUCGAUGAUCCGGUCGCUCUCGAGGCGGCUCCUACAACUUAUUACAUGACCCUCUUCAUGAGCGGAGUUUUCGCUCUGUGGUCUGGCACCUAUCUUUUCACACUUCGAUACGUCAACAAAGUCUGGCGCGUCUUGAUGAUCAUGAUGGCCGUUGGGUUUGCUCUUUUGAGCUUGUUUUGUCUGCUGCUUUUCGUGUACUACCGGCGGCAGAGAGAAGUAAACGUUGAUGAGGCGUUUCUAGGAGGCACCGCCGGAGAUGGUGAACGUCACCGCGCGGGGGGACGAGCGUCAGUGGUGUCAGACAUUUAA